AUCUAAAUCAAAAAACAUAGAAAACGAAGAGCCAAACUCAACGACUAACCAAAAAGGCACAGAGAUGCAGGCGCACAGCCCAAAUAGAGUAUUAAAUGAAGCACUAGAACCCAACAUAAGUUGGGCCGAAGAGACGGAAAAUACAUAUGGGAAGGGGGAGUUGCCUCUCCAAAAAAACCCAGUCCAAAGUACAACUGUAUCCUUAAACGAAAAAUCGGAAAAUUUAAUGGCCACUAGAGGAGAAAGCUCCGGAACAAAUGAAUAUGCAAUGACAGACGAAGCUGAGUCAGAUGACUCGGACAUAACAGCAGAAACGGAUUUAGAAACCAUGCAACUCAGGGAUAAAACAACAAUACAAACAUGUGAUAGCCAUAAUAAAGAAAUGAAUCAAACAGAAGAAAGACAAAUUCCUACUUCUGGAACAACAGUUGACGAGGAGGCAGCAGAAAUUCUACUGGCGAGAGAAAUUGAAACUACAGAAAAUACUUCACGUGAGAGAGUAGCUCAGGAUGAGAACCGAAAUGUGAGUAAAAACCAAAAUAUAGAUGAGGGCCAAGAUACACAUGAUGAGCAAGAGAAUACAAUACAACAUAAUCAAAAUGAAAUGCAAAAAACUAUAGAAAUCAUACCAGAUGAUCAAACGGAAGACUGGGAAAGGUCAACUCCGUUAGAAGAAGAAGAAGGAUUUACAGUAGUAACUAAAAAAAAGAGAAAUACAAAACUACUACUAAUGACAGACAUAUGUCAUAAUCCAUACAAGAAUGAAAAGAAUAGUGGAA